UCUAUUUCUCUCUAGUUAUAGUAUAGGCUGUAUUUUUCUGGAGGGCUUUUGUGAGUUCAGUUAAUUAGUCUGUUCAUCUGUUCAGCUGCAGAAAAUGGGGUCUGAGAGACUAUUUUUUAGCAUUUUUCUUGUUAUUUUGGUGGUGGCAUUGGCAAGUAACUCUUCUCAAGCUUACAAGUUCCCUGUGGGUGGCAAAGAUGGUUGGGUUUUAAACCCCUCCGAGAGCUUCAAUCACUGGGCGGAAAGGCAUAGGUUUCAGGUCAAUGAUACACUUUUUUUCAAGUACAAAAAAGGGUCAAAUUCUGUGUUGGUGGUAGCAAAAGAGGAUUACAACUCAUGCAACACAAAAAACCCAAAACAGUGUUUAACAGAUGGGGACUCAGUCUUCAAGUUCAACCGAUCGGGACCAUUUUUCUUCAUCAGCGGCAAUGCUGAAAAUUGCCAAAAGGGUCAGAAGCUCAUAGUAGUGGUUUUGGCCGUCAGAAACAAAACCCAACACCAUACGGAUUCUCCUUCUCCAUCACCAGUAAUUACUGAUCCGCCUGCUGUCUCGCCAUCUCCGGCGGCUUUGGAACCAAAUGCACCAAUACAGCCUCCGCAGCAGAAUUCUGCACCGGGAUCAGACGUUGCGUUAAUGGUUUUCAUAUGUAUAAUUAGUAUUGUUGUGAGUACUCUUGUUCUGGGUAACUUUGUGGCUUGAGAAACAAAUUAGAGCGUUUAAUUGUGUUUGUGGACAAGUUAAUG